GCUUCAAGCGGAGAGGGAGGGAAAAGAAAAGAAUCCGACGGGGAGCGGAGCUGGCUUCUACGGUGGCCGGAGAGGGACGCGCCGGGCCGGAGGCUGCAGGAUGAUGCGAUUUAUGCUGCUGUUCAGCCGGCAGGGGAAACUUCGGCUGCAAAAAUGGUACCUGGCCACCUCAGACAAGGAGAGGAAGAAGAUGGUCCGGGAGCUCAUGCAGGUUGUGCUGGCUCGGAAGCCCAAGAUGUGCAGCUUCCUGGAGUGGAGGGACCUCAAAGUUGUCUACAAAAGGUACGCCAGUCUCUAUUUCUGCUGUGCCAUCGAGGGUCAGGACAAUGAGCUGAUCACACUGGAGCUGAUCCACCGAUACGUAGAGCUCUUGGACAAGUAUUUUGGCAGUGUGUGUGAGCUGGACAUCAUCUUCAACUUUGAGAAAGCCUACUUCAUCCUGGAUGAGUUUUUGAUGGGUGGGGACGUCCAGGACACCUCCAAGAAGAGUGUGCUUAAGGCCAUUGAGCAGGCUGACCUGCUGCAGGAGGAGGAUGAGUCGCCACGCAGUGUCCUGGAGGAGAUGGGCCUGGCAUAGCCCCGUCAGCCAGCCGGGGGACCCUGUGGAACUGGGGAAGCCAAGAGACAGCACUUGUGGACUGUUUCCCCCGCCUCCCCCGACCCCUUCUCUUGGUGGGAGCCGGCUGCUUUUCUUCGGCCACCUCACCUUUGGAAGGAGCUGUGGCUCCGGCCCUUGAUUCCAACAUUCCCUCCCUCCAUCCUCUGCCUUUCCCAGUGGAGGCUUUAGGACCAGAAGGCAGUAAAAUGUGACCUGGAUGGGAUCCUGAGUGGCUCUCAUUCCCCUCUUUGGGGGAACCAAUGUUACCCCAGCCAUCCUCCACCCUUCCCUUGUCCUCCAUUGCUGUAAAUAUAUAAAUACGUCAGGUUAAAGGGAAAAGGUUUCCAGGGCUCUUUUCUCCCCUCUGCCCCAAAACCUACCUCCACCCCUCCCCAUAGCCAGCCAGGGCAGCUUCUCUGCCUGGGAGGGGGUUUCCCUCUCCUGCCCCCACUUCCUCCUGGGCUCCAGUGUCCAGCCAGAGCCAGGGGAGGAACCACUAGUUAAUGUUUUUGUAACCUUGCCACCUGGAGGGAAGGGACAAGUUGGGGGAAGGGCUGCUUUGUGGGACACUGGCCCUAUCCCCCACCCCCACUCCGCUUUGUGGAUGUGGUGGAGUUGGCCAAGCGGCUGCCUUUAUUUCCUUUCUUCUGAAAUAAAAGGAAAAAGUGUUUCUGGA